CGAACACACACACACACCUGUUAUAAUUUCAACGCUCACGUAGUAGUGUUUCCGUACAGCUCUUAGUUGAACGCCGUCGCAAUAUCGUGAAACGGGUGCUGCCGUUACAGCUUUAAACAUAGUUUUGUAUAAUAUCUCGUGUAAUAUCUCGUCCUGCUACGCCUGUGCUGUGAGCGUUACUAUAUUUUGGACAGUAGCAGCAGCAGCAUGGACUUCAUGCGAACUGGACACCUGGACACGUGGCAAACUCACGCCACGGCAUGGGCCCUAAGUCUUUCAGGCAUCACCUCCAAGGCGUCGACCCCUCCACCUAUCGUCUUCCCCCCAUUUCCUCUUCCGCUCCACACCCCCUUGUCACCUCCUCCUCCGCCACCGCCGCCACCGCCACCGCACGGCCCCCCGAGGGUCCAACGCAGACGCUGCUUCCGGUUCCCCCGCCCGCGCUGGGACAGCGACGACUGCAACGACGAUGACGACGACGACGAUGACGACGACGAUAAUGGUGGUGGUGGUGGAUGGGGGUUCGUCAAGAGGUCACGACCUGGCUCAGCCUCGCCAUCGCUCGUUCCGAUGCACCACGUCUGGGUGUUGAACAAUUCGGAAGGCUACGGUGAUCUCUCGGCUUUCGCGCUCCGCCACCCUCCGCUGCCGCCACCGCCACUACCGGCACCUCCACGGAUACCCGUGGGCAGCCCAGAGUCCUCGCAAACGAUUGGCACCGCUACUGUUGCGUCACGCAUCCUGCAGCAGCAGCAGGCUCGCCCGUCGGUGAUCGUGUGCGCUCCGGCAUCAAGUCGCGACUCGCGAUCGCGACGCGCCCAGCCGGCGCCCGGCGGCACACCGACAGCACCACGGAAUGGCGGCAUGGACGAACAUGAAGGGCGACCAGGAGGAGUGGGGAGGCCAGGGUGGCAGCGGGCGCUGCCUCUUCCUCCUCCUCCUCAGUCUCCUCCUCAGUCUCCUCCUGCUCCUCAGUCAUCUCCUCCUGCUGUCGACCUCACAGCCCCAAUGGCGAGGGCGACUUCCAUCGCAGGCUCGGUGGACGAUCACUUCCGCCAGUCCCUCGGAGACCUGUGGCUGCAAAUAAAGGCCACUGAAUCUGCCUCACCCCCGACCUCUGCUUCACCCAUUAUCUCUGCCUCACCUUUGACCUCUCUGUCACCCCCGGCUUCCGUUUAGCCUUUGACCCCACAGGGCUUAGUCACCGAUCUGAAUUUGUGACUUGGGUUUCACCUCCGACUUCAGGUUUUCCCCAAAUUGGGGCUGCGCUUAAAAUCUCUGUUUAAUCUUCGACCGACUCUUCACAUUGGACCCCUGUUUUACCUGUGACCCGUUUCGACCUAUGAGCAUUGCAUUAGCUGCUGAUCGUACCCUGUCUACUAUUGGUCAGAACGAAUCACGUGUGAGGUUUCUUUCGAGGUGACAGCCCAUCAGCAACGUGUGUUACGAGUCACAUGACCGCCGACUCCAUCUUGAAUGACAGCGCCACAGAAGUGAGUGGUGUUCCGUUUGCUCCCGCGAGCAUCGAGUAUUAACUCACCUGAACUUUUCUUUUGCCGAGCAAUUGAAGAAUAUUCCACAUUCCUAUGACGGCGACCAGGACAUCUACAGGACAACCACAAGUUCUGAACAAAAUGUUCCGGUCUUACGAGGUGGUUCUUAGUUUACUGAUUGCAGAGGAAAGAUGUUGAUGGCCAUGAUGACGAUGGAGCGGUGGGAUCUCUGUUUGGAAUUUUAAUUUGGGAUAAAAACAGUUCCAAGUUCGCUGCUUUCAUUUUCACCAGUGCCAACCCCAGCUUGGGUUGGACAGGUGUGAAUCAGAGCUCCACGGCUCGUCGGGAUCUUCCAGCUGAACACGAAAUGUCUCGGUGUUUACCGUGGGUCCCAUGCAUUGCGGCUCUUGAAAUAUUGAGUUUUUUUUUUACCGAAUUCGAAACAAAAUGGCUCUUAUUCUAUGGUUCUUUCGGUAAAGUCACGGCGAUUGAAAAAAAUAACAAUGAAAUAAUUAAAAGAAAGUUUUUGGUUUUGGCAACGUAUCACAUCUCGAGUUACCCGUGGUUACAGUUCGCUCUCGAUUUACCCGCGGGCAGAUUAUCCACUCUGUGGAUUCAAUCCUGCUCAUUCGCUCCUCGUAGCGUCCACUCCCUGUUCAAUUACAUUCUCCUCAUACUCUUAGUUCUUUCGGUAAAGUCACGUAGGAAAAAAAUUAAAUGAAAAUUAAUAAAAAUAAAGUAAUUAAAUAAUUUUAUUAAUUUUCAUUUCAUUUCUUUCGGUAAAGUCACGUAGGUAAAAAAUGAAAUUAAAAUUCAUAAAAAAUAAAAAAAUAAAAUAAUUUUUAUUUUUAUUUCUUUCGGUAAAGUCACGUGGGUAAAAAAUAAA